AAGAGAGUCACGCGCGCGGAGCGUGAGAAGUGAAAGAAUCCAAAGACAAAAACACGCGUGAGAGUGCGCGGAAAAGAAAAGAGAGGUCGAGUCUGAAGGGAAAGAAUUUAACCAAGAAGAGAGUGCACAGGUGAAAGAGAAAGAGAUAGAGAGAGGAGUGGAUGAUAGAGAGCAGGGGACAGAGCGCGCGGGAGGGAGAAAUAUGGCCACGGUCACGGCGGAGAAUGGUUUCAGCACCGCGGACAGCUCCGGCAGAAUGAACGGACUCAACAGCGCCUCGAUCCCCAUGAAAGAUCACGACGCCAUCAAGCUCUUCAUUGGCCAGAUCCCGCGUAACCUCGAGGAGAAAGACCUCAAGCCGCUCUUCGAGGAGUUUGGCAAGAUCUACGAGCUCACCGUGCUUAAAGACAGAUUCAGCGGGAUGCAUAAAGGAUGUGCCUUUCUAACAUACUGUGCCAGAGAUUCAGCACUGAAGGCCCAGAACGCUCUUCAUGAACAAAAGACUUUACCCGGGAUGAAUCGGCCCAUCCAGGUGAAACCGGCCGACAGUGAAGGACGAGGAGAAGACCGGAAGGUGUUUGUAGGGAUGUUGGGUAAACAGCAGAGUGAAGAUGACGUCCGGAGACUGUUCGAUUCAUUCGGUCACAUAGAGGAGUGCACGGUGCUCCGGGGUCCUGAUGGGGCCAGUAAGGGUUGUGCUUUUGUGAAGUUCUCCAGUCAUUCAGAGGCUCAAGCAGCUAUUAACAGUCUCCAUGGUGGACAGACCAUGCCAGGAGCUUCUUCCAGUCUCGUUGUGAAGUUUGCAGACACAGAUAAAGAACGAACUCUCCGUCGGAUGCACCAGAUGGCUGGUCAGCUCGGGAUCUUCAGCCCCAUGACCAUACAGUUUGGAGGUUAUGGAGCGUAUACACAUGCUCAGAUCAUGCAGCAGCAGGCCACUCUUAUGGCAGCAUCGCAGAGCUCCUAUCUGAACCCGAUGGCAGCCAUUGCGGCCGCUCAGAUGCAGCAAAUUGCAGCUUUCAACCUCAACGGUCUGGUGGCUGCACCGCUGACUCCCUCUUCAGGCACCACCACACCUCCAGGCUUCACCCCCACAGCUGUUCCCAGUUUAGCUGCACCCAUUGGUGUAAAUGGAUUCAGCACUCUCCCACACCAGACCAAUGGACAGCCCACAUCAGAGCCCAUCUACACCAAUGGGAUCCAUCCGUACCCAGCACAGAGCCCGACGCUCACAGAUCCUCUCCAGCAGGCGUAUGCUGGUGUCCAACAUUAUGCAGCAGCGUAUCCCGCUGCAUAUGCACCCAUUAGUCAAGCAUUUCCCCAGCAAGCGACCAUCAUCCCUCAACAACAGCGAGAAGGACCGGAGGGCUGUAACCUCUUUAUUUACCACCUGCCGCAAGAGUUUGGCGACGCUGAGCUCAUGCAGAUGUUUCUGCCCUUUGGCAACGUCAUUUCCGCCAAAGUCUUUGUGGACCGGGCCACCAAUCAGAGCAAGUGUUUUGGUUUUGUAAGCUUUGAUAACCCGUCUAGUGCUCAGGCAGCGAUUCAGGCAAUGAACGGUUUUCAGAUUGGCAUGAAGAGACUGAAGGUUCAACUGAAGAGGCCGAAAGACGCCAAUCGUCCAUACUGAUAAUGAACUGACAGCUGUAGCGCCCCCCAAAGGAUGAAGAACUACAACAUCUUAUUUCCACAAGUGCAGUAUUAAAGACUUUAGCUGUGCUACAUAUCCCAGGAGGCGAGCGCUCAUCACUGAGGCCUGAAAUCAAAGUGGAACACAAAGAUUUUUUCGGCCAACUUUUUCCCCGUUUCUGCUUUGGCAUUUGCUGAAUACAUUUUGCAGAUAUCAACUUUUUUGCUGCUGUUUUAGACAAGAUUUGAAAAAACCUUUAUGAACGCAUUAUACUGAGAGCAUGCAGAAACAAACCCAUAUACACACUCGCACAGAGAUUAUUCCUUAGAGCCUUUACACAUGCACAUAUACAUACAAAACAGAUCCGUAUUCUGAAAAUGUAUUGAUAUCUUUAUGCACACUCGAACACACACCAGCCUGCUGCCGUUUUGGUUUUCGUGCCUCUACACUGCGUUGACUGGAGGAAAAUCCAGGAAUAUUAAAAUGCAUCAUUCCUUAGAGAAUAGGGACCAAAGGACUACACGCUUUUUAAAAGAAUAUACAUAUAUAAAUAUAUAUAUUUAAAAAGAAAAACAUACAUUGUAGCUGCGAGUGUAAAGAUUAACAUUAAGAGUAGAAAUGAGAAUGUUUAUAUCAUCUAACAGAGAAAUGAGACAUUCGAUAUUGAAUGUUCUCUUCAUGUAGAUUAGAUUAUAGCAGUAGACUUGCUCAUUUUCCAUGUUUUUCUAUUAGUUUUUUUAGUGAAGAUAAUACUUGAAGAAAAUGUACAAAAACAGACGUUAAGCUGACGGUCAGUGCGCCUUCUUUCCUGAACACAACCGUCUGCUCAUCGUGUGCUCUCACUUCUCAUUCCAGCAUUAGACAGACGUGGAAGUGAGUCUGAAUCUGACAGGUGCAGGUUCACAGAAGCCUUUGUCUUAUAAAGCGACAAUCCACAGUAAGAGCAGUUAAACGUUUAUCUCUUUCAUGUGCAAACUGAACUGAAACUGCCAAAUGAUCAGAAGUGAUACUGAAGGAAACAUUCAGAUGAUUAUUUUUCUCUUUAAACUUCGCCAAGCACAGAAGAGCAGAUUUCUCUGUCCUGAAAAGAGAUGCAGGACAACACUAAAGCUUUCAGUGUUAAUCCCACAGUAAAACCCGUGCUUACACUUCAUCUGUAUCUCAACACAGACAAUCUCAUCUGAUCAUAUCAUGAGUUAAGGCGAACCUUAAUGUCUACAUGUAACACAUUUAUCCUUCAUGUCAUGCCAUAGAAACGUAUUACAUUUGAAUGAAUGAAUAUGAAGAUAAAACUUGCUGCUUGAAAUCUCAUACAUCAAUCUGGUCUCACUGUUAAUAUGUAACAUUAACACGUAACUUUCAAAAACAAAAAAUAUACUUUUAUGUACAUUCACCUAAAGGUUUAUUAGGGACACCUGUUUUAUUUCUCAUUAAUGCAAUUAUCUAAUCCACCAAUCACAUGGCAGUUGCUUCAAUGCAUUUAGGUCCUGGUCAAGACAAUCUUCUGAACUCCAAACUGAAUGUCAGAAUGGGAAAGAAAGGUGAUUUAAGCAAUUUUGAGCUUGGCUUGGUUGUUGGUGCCAGACGCGCCGGUCUGAGUAUUUCACAAUCUGCUCAGUUACUGGGAUUUUCACGCACAACCAUUUCUAGGGUUUACACCGAAUGUUGUGAAAAGGGAAAAACAUCCAGUAUGUGUCAGUCCUGUGGGUGAAAAUGCCUUGUUGAUGCUAGAGGUCAGAGGUCGACUGAUUCAAGCUGAUAGAAGAGCAACUUUGACUGAAAUAACCACUCGUUACAACCGAGGUAUGCAGCAAAGCAUUUGUGAAGCCACAACACGCACAACCUUGAGGCGGAUGGGCUGCAACAGCAGAAGACCCCACCGAGUACCACUCAUCUCCACUACAAAUAGGAAAAAGAGGCUACAAUUUGCACAAGCUCACCAAAAUUAGACAGUUCAAGAGUGGAAAAUGUUGCCUGGUCUGAUGAGUCUCGAUUUCUGUUGAGACAUUCAGAUGGUAGAGUCAGAAUUGAGCGUAAAGAGAAUGAGAACAUGGAUCCAUCAUGCCUUGUUACCACUGUGCAGGCUGCUGGUGGUGGUGUAAUGGUGUGGGGGAUGUUUUCUUGGCACACUUUAGGCCCCUUAGUGCCAAUUGGGCAUCGUUUAAAUGCCACGGCCUACCUGAGCAUUGUUUCUGACCAUGUCCAUCCCUUCAUGACCACCAUGUACCCAUCCUCUGAUGGCUACUUCCAGCAGGGUAAUGCAGCAUGUCACAAAGCUCGAAUCAUUUCAAAUUGGUUUCUUGAACAUGACAAUGAGUUCACUGUACUAAAAUGGCCCCCACAGUCACCAGAUCUCAACCCAAUAGAGCAUCUUUGGGAUGUGGUGGAACGGGAGCUUCGUGCCCUGGAUGUGCAUCCCACAAAUCUCCAUCACCUGCAAGAUGCUAUCCUAUCAAUAUAUUGCUUUCAGCACCUUGUUGAAUCAAUGCCACGUAGAAUUAAGGCAGUUCUGAAGGUGAAAUGGGGUCAAACACAGUAUUAGUUUGGUGUUCCUAAGAAUCCUUUAGGUGAGUGUACGUUUAAAUAGAUGCUGAGGCGUCUCAAUUUAAUCAAAGCAUUAUUACAGCUACAAAAUGUAAAACAUUUACAAAUCUUUCAUACCAUAAAUAUUGCUGUAUAAUUUCCAUUUAACCAUUUUAUCAAGAUUCAUUGCUGAUUUUUCUUCUGUAUUCAUAUUUUACAAAUCAGCAUCUUCAUGUGUUUAUCUCAGUUGAUCAUUUUGUGUUUGUUAUCAUCUCACAUUAUCUCUGUUACAUUAGAUGAAUGAGACUGAGAUUGGACUGAAAUUAUGAUGACCUUUGACCUCUUAACCUUCAUGCCAGCACAUGAGAAAUAGUCCGUUUUAUCAUUUCUGAUGUGAAUGUCAUUAGUUAGUUGAAUUACCCUUCAUUUUUAUUUUUAUUUUUAUUUUAUGUCUUUAAAAAUGUGCAUUAGUUUGAUCUUACGGGAGGAUCUUUUAUAAGAGUGUCUGAAUAAUCUUUUGUGUGAAAACCACACAAUCGCUUGAUUUUUUAUUACCUGUAAGUUAAAUCAUUAGAUGUUUUGCCUUUUCCAUAACAAAGACUUUGCACACUUUAAAAGUGCCAAAAAACUUCAAUUUAUUUUGCAGUUAGUGUUCAAUGCUAAAGUCAUUUUAUUUAUGUAGCACACAGAUUUUACUAAAGCACUAAAAUAGUUUCUCUAAAGCACAAGAUUGAAAUCCCAAUGGCCACAACAUUUUGCAUUUAACAUGAUUGAUAUGAAGUAAAUUCUCUCAUGAUCUUCAUUGUAGUUGCAUUUAUACAGCGGAUAUCUUGCAGAGUAAAGGACAUGACCGAAUGAAAUUCUCAAUAUUGAUCCGUCUGUGGUGAGAUCUGGUUGGUGUGAAAUAAGGUCAGAAACCCUGUGAAGGGUCUGGGUAAAAUCUCAUAACUGUUUGGGAACCCAUGCAAUCUUUAUCAGUGUUAGAGUAUCAGUACUGAGUCAAAAAAUAAGAAAAAGUCUAUCAUUAAUAUUUACUUCUCUCUGUCUCAGUGCCAACAUUGUUAAAAGUGAGGAACAUAAAAUCUAUCAAGUUCAUUUGUAUCAAGUGUUCAUUCUCAUUGUAUUUCUGUCAGAUCUGUACAUUAGUAUUUGUAUGUGACAUUUGUUAAGUGGUCGUGUGAGCGCAGAACGUUCUGUAACAGAGGGUUCAUCUUCAGACGCCCUCAGGGCUUCAAUCUCACUAAAAAUAGCAGCAAUUGUCAAGGAGAGGAAGUCAAAUGUAAUUUGUCCAGAAAUAAUUAAAGGAAACUUUUAGACAGGGAAAUAAAUGAAAGCAUCUUAUUUAAUAGUUUGUGUGUGCGUGUGUGUGUGUGCGUAUAAAAGGGAAUGAAGAGGUGCUGUGAUUUGUCAUUUAAUGAUCUGACAUUGUUGUAAAUGCAUGUAGGUGCUUGAGCUCCACAGAUAUUUUUUAAGCUCUCAGGGCAUCAGAGAUUCAAUGAUGUCAAUGUUUGUGGAGUUUCUCAGGCACCUGACAUAUCCGAACCUUUAUGAUGCUGUACAGUAAAACACUUACUUUAUUUUUCAUCUGAUCUUAAGACACAAGAGAAAAGAAACCGAUCACAGAGGUAUAAAUCAAAGCAAACAGUAGAGAAUCGGACGGUUUGAAUGAGUGUGUUGUAAAUAUAAUCUGAAUACUGUAAAAUAAUAGUGAGGGAGGACUACUGAGGGAUUAAAUACUUAUAAAGUAUUCAGUGUUCAGCUAAAACACAAUGUUUUUAAGUUUUGUAUAGCCUGACUGUAUUUACAUGAAGGUUUAUGUUAUCAUAUAUUCAGAGAUUAAAGCACCUAAAUGAUUAUCAGCCCUAUAAAGCAUCAGCGCUGGUCAAUUAUAAAGUCAAAGGUUUAUGAAAGAAGAUCUUAGGAGGUGUUUAGAAGUAUGCUGUGCUGAAUCUCACAUCUCCUAGUUUACCCUAAAAUCAAAUGAAAUCAUUUAAUUAUAAUUUCACAUUACUGUGAUGCCAAAAAGUCUCAUUCUCUAUCAUUAAUUAUUAAUGAUAUUGUUUUAUUGUAUAAACUGUCCUGGACUUAAAGUCUUAUGUUUCUUUAGACACACACAGAACAAGUUUAGUUGAUUAAAAAUGAAUAUUUGUGCCUUGUUAUUGAUUUCAAAUCAAACGUUAUUUACAUUAAAUUACAGCAUAUAACAAUCACCACUCAGAAUAAUAAAACAAAUACUGAAGCCUUAUUCAAUGUGAAUUGUGUUUGUCAUAAAAAUGUAAGAAUGCAAAAAAAAAUGUUCAACGUUUUUAAAAGGCUUCAUUGACUAAAGUUUGUAUUUGUGUUUAGGGUUGAAGGCUGAGCUGGAUGUGAGAUUCACACGCACACACGUGUCUCUGUCUGUAUCAUACCUGUGACUAUCUCUGUUUCGUCUCUGUCACGUCCACACUGGAUUCUCAUGAUACCCUCGUACUUCUAUAAAGACCAUAUAAUAUUAAAACAUUUACAGACAUAUGGGGAAUAACACUCGAAAAAUGAAAAUGAAAAUGUUUGUAUUUGACACAUGUUUAAGUGUGUAAUAAUUUUUAUAUUACCGAGUCUGAGGAAAAUAUAAAAUUAUUUAAGAGAAGUGUUGUUAAAUGAUUUUUAUUUCUUUAUAUUCAUGAUAUCAGAUGAUCAUGUUUAUUAUUUAGAUUUUGAAUCCCAGUCUUAUGAGAUUCUUAAAAGUUUUUUUUUUCAGAAAUUUGCCUUGAAACUGAUUGAACACUGUUUUCUUUUCUGGAAUUAUUUUAAAUUAAAUGUUUGUUUUGUUUUUUAAUGAAAGUGUGACGAUGCAAAAUAUCUACAUUUAUGUUUUAAUGUCAUUGUUUUAAUGUUGUUUUAUGAAAGAGAGAUUUGUGUCCUAUAUAUGAGAGGUGAAGAUCACAAACCUUCAUUAAUGUAUGCAUGUAUUUUGUCAUGCAUGCAUUCAGAUAUUAUUUCAUGAGGUAAAUGAACAAUAAAACCACCAUAAGAGUCGUCCACACGUGCUCUAUAUUAGGCUAAAUAUUAUUUUUGAUUGUUAAAGGAAUUUUAUGUGAGAAACAGACUGAUUUAAAUCCAUGUCAUUUUAUCUUUCUGGGGCUUUUGUCCUGUUUGAAGUGACAGAUGUGUUUAAACCAAAAACAUUUUCUUGAGUAAAAACAAAUCACAGGUUUGGAGUGACAAGAGGGUGCAAGAUUUGGAUGAAUGCUGUUUUUAUCAUGAAUGAAUGGUUACACAGAGAUCAUCUCAGAUUCAUACCUUUAUCACAGCUGUUUGGACCAAACUCACAUGAGCUGCAGGACUCAAUAUUCCCUUUUCUUCAAUUCUUUUUCCUUUCUAUUUCUUUUAAACAAUUUUAUUAGAAGAGACAACAGACUUUGUUGUGUAAGAUAAUGUGAGAUGGGCUUGGUUUUGCUCUUGCUCAUGAUCUCUGUAUAGCUCUAGAUUCUGCUUAGACUCUUAAUAAAGCACAGAUCUGUAAACCA